AUGUCGAGACUCACCUCGUCAGCACUCUCGCUGGUGCUCGCCAUCGCAUCACUGGCGCUGCUCCUGCCCUCCUCCGCCUCCGCGCAGGACUUCACCUUCCAAAACGUCACCUCGAUCAUGGGCACAUGGUCCUCAGGCUCACAGAACGUCACCACAGGCCUCGAAUUCUUCAACCCCAUCACGCAAGAAUUCACGCUGCCAGCCACGACCGGCAUUUCGUACUCGUUCACCGACGACGGCUUCUUCGAGGAGUCGCGCUACCAGUUCACAUCCAACGCCGUCACCAACCGCUGCUUCAAAGCGUCGCUCAUCUGGCAACACGGCACAUAUCAGUUCCACACCAAUGGGUCUAUUACCCUCAACCCCUUCCCCGCCGAUGGAUACGUCCAGGUGCUCGACCCUUGUGGUGCCCAAACCAGCUCCAUCUACCACUAUGCCGAGUUCGAGCUGAUCAGCUCGUGGUACAACUACCAAGACAACCACCCUGGCUUCAUGCCGACAGGGACGUCCGCGUACGCCUUGCAAAUGCAGCAAUUCGACGGCAGCAAGAUGCCUCUCAUGUGGCUCAAGUCGCGGCCCCCUAACAUGCUUCCCACUAAGCAAUUGUUCCAGAAGGUGUUGAACGACGCUGGCGCAUGA